AUGAAACAGGUGGGCCCUGGCGCCCAGUCCUUGCGCCUCAGCCAACGGAAGGCGAGCGGGGAGGGCAGGGCCUGGGUGGAGCCGUUAGUGGAUGACACUGAGGAUGUGUCUCUUGACUUUGGGAAUGAAGAGGAACUGGCGUUAAGGAAAGCAAAAAUCAGGCAUCCCCUGGCUACCUUUUUUCACCUGUUUUUCCGAGUGAGUGCUAUUGUUACCUACUUGCUCUGUGACUGGUUCAGCAAAAGCUUUGUUGCCUGUUUUGUCACUAUUCUUCUCCUUCUGUCCUUUGACUUUUGGUCUGUUAAGAAUGUAACUGGAAGACUCUUAGUUGGCUUACGUUGGUGGAACCAGAUUGAUGAAGAUGGAAAAAGCCACUGGGUUUUUGAAGCAAAAAAGGUAUCUACAAGCAUAGCUGCCUCAACCGAAGUUGAAGCUCGAAUCUUUUGGCUUGGAUUGAUUAUCUGUCCAGUUAUUUGGACAGUGUUCUUUUUUAGCACUUUGUUUUCCUUGAAGUUGAAAUGGCUGGCUCUUGUGAUAGCUGGAAUCUCCCUUCAAGCUGCUAACUUAUAUGGAUACAUCCACUGUAAAUUAGGAGGGGAAAAAAGCAUCAGCAAAGUAACUUCGAGGUUUUUGUCACAGCAGAUGUUUCAGAGGGAGAGACAAGAAGAAAUUCAGGGUAUGGAUGUCCUGAAGGAUAUGGAAAUACAUAACCACUAGGUGACUGUAAGUUGAGGACUGAUAUUGGAAAAAUGGAUA